ACCCACUCAUAUGAAGCAGAAAACACAAAACACACUAUUCUUCACACUCUCCUCCAAAGAUGGUGGCUCCAAAACCAUCUCCACCACUGUUGCUUACAACUUUGGUGGUUGUAAUAGUUGGCUCAACAAUAAUCCAGUGUGGCGCGGGUGCAGGGGAUCUUGAUGGGGUGCAUUUUGACACGGGGGGUUUGAGCAGACAAGUGUUCCCAAAGGGCUUUGUGUUUGGAACAGCAACUUCUGCUUACCAAGUUGAAGGUAUGGCCGACAAAGAUGGUCGUGGCCCCAGCAUUUGGGAUGUUUUUAUCACUAAACCAGGGAUUGUCGCCGGUAACGGAACUGCAGAAGUUUCGGUGGAUCAGUACCAUCGCUACAAAGUAAGUGCCAAUAAUUGAAUGAAGAAUGAACCAACCUACCGAUUCUCAAUCUCGUGGUCAAGAAUCUUUCCAAAUGGAACAGGCGAAGUAAAUUGGAAAGGGGUAGAUUAUUACAAUAGGUUGAUCAAUUCCUUACUUGAAAAAGGCAUUACUCCAUAUGCAAAUCUCUACCAUUAUGACCUUCCUCAAGCUCUUGAAUUGAGAUAUAAUGGAUUAUUGAGCCACCAAGUAGUGAAUGAUUUUGCAGAUUAUGCAGAAUUCUGUUUCAAGACAUUUGGGGACAGAGUGAAGAACUGGAUGACAUUCAAUGAACCAAGAGUGGUAGCUGCUCUUGGCUAUGACAAUGGCUUCUUUGCCCCUGGAAGGUGCUCAAAGGAAUAUGGGAAUUGCACUGUUGGAAACUCAGGCACUGAGCCUUACAUUGUUGCACACAAUUUGAUUUUGGCACAUGCAACUGCUGUUCAAAGAUACAGAACCAAAUACCAAGAAACUCAAAAGGGUAGGAUUGGAAUUCUCUUGGACUUUGUGUGGUAUGAGCCUCUUACAAGAUCCAAGGCUGACAACUAUGCUGCUCAAAGAGCAAGAGACUUUCAUGUUGGAUGGUUCAUUCAUCCCAUUGUAUAUGGAGAGUAUCCAAAAACCAUGCAAAACAUUGUUGGGAACAGACUCCCAAAGUUCAGUGUGGAAGAAGUUAAGAUUGUGAAGGGUUCCAUGGAUUUUGUUGGCAUUAACCAGUAUACUACUUACUACAUGGCUGAACCCCACCUAUCAAAACCACCAAAAGUUCCAGGCUACCAACAAGAUUGGAAUGUAGCAUUUGUUUAUGCUAAAAAUGGGAAACCUAUUGGUCCGAAGGCAUAUUCAUAUUGGCUUUACAAUGUACCAUGGGGAUUGUACAAGGCACUAAUAUACAUCAAGGAGCGUUAUGGAAACCCAACUGUCAUCUUAUCUGAAAAUGGAAUGGAUGAUCCGGGAAGUUGGACUCUACCAAAGGGCUUACAUGACACCACAAGAAUAAAUUUUUACAAAGAUUAUCUAACUCAAUUAAAGAAAGCAGUGGAUGAUGGAGCGAAUGUAGUUGGAUAUUUUGCAUGGUCAUUGCUUGAUAACUUUGAAUGGAGAUUAGGGUACACAUCAAGGUUUGGAAUUGUGUAUGUUGAUUUCAAGACCCUUAAGAGAUACCCUAAGAUGUCAGCAUAUUGGUUCAAGCAACUCCUUACUAGGAAGACUAAGAACUAAUGAAGAGCUUGGCAACAAUGCUUCUUGAUUCACCAAUUAAGCUUCUAUAGAGUAUCUUGUUCCUAACUUCUUAUGUGGUUUGCCUAUGAGGUUUUAAUUAUAUAUGUAUGCGACUUGAGUAUAUGCAAAUAAAAUGUUUCUUUUAUGUCA